UGGAUCUACACGCCAGAAGUCUAUGCGUCCGCUCGCGUGGCUUUCAUCUCCCGCGGGGAACACUUGAGCGGCGCCGAACCCGCCCGGACCUUUUCGCUCGCGCGGCGCUUCCCAGGCUUGACGCGUGCUGAGAGCGAACGGAGCGCGCGCCCGUCGCUUUUAGCCUCCCGGUUCGUUCUGCAUUCGGGCCUUAAUUGAGGGGAGGAAGGAGUCACAACAUGGCGCUCGUGCCCGGGCAGGUGCUGCGGGUCGCCAUCCUCCUCUCCUAUUUUUCCAUCCUGUGUAAUUACAAGGCUAUUGAUAUGCCAGCGCACCAGACCUAUGGAGGCAGCUGGAAAUUUCUGACCUUCAUUAACCUGGUUGUUCAAGCAGUCUUUUUUGGGAUCUGUGUACUGACUGACCUUUCCAGCCUUCUGACUAAAGGAAAUGACAGCCAAGAACAAGAAAGGCAACUAAAAAAACUCAUCUCCCUCCGUGACUGGAUGAUGGCUGUUUUAGCUUUUCCCAUUGGGGUUUUUGUUGUGCUAAUGUUUUGGAGCAUCUAUAUCUAUGACAGAGAACUUGUUUACCCCAAGCUGCUUGAUAAUUUUAUACCAACUUGGCUGAAUCAUGGAAUGCAUACAACUGUUUUACCCUUUAUAUUAAUUGAGAUGAGAACGACCCAUCAUGAAUAUCCCAGCAGGACCUAUGGACUGAUUGCUGUGUGCACUAUUUCAGUUUGCUACAUAUUAUGGGUCUGUUGGAUAUAUCAUGUGACUGGGGUUUGGGUAUAUCCUCUCCUGGAUUACCUUGGUUCAACUGCUAAAAUUGUCUUCUUUGCCACUGUAACUGUAGUAAUAAACAUCUUUUACUUGCUGGGUGACAUACUAAACAACUGCAUAUGGGAUACACAAAAAUGUAUAGAAGAAGGAAAGGGAAAAUCUAAAUCAGACUGAACACAACAUAAAAGAAGAAAAUAGAAGACCUGCUAUACGAACAGCAUCUCAUAACAUCAAAAUAAAUUUCAAAGAGGCAUAUUAACAGUGCAUUCAAAAUACUUUGUUUUUUAAAAUGGGAUGUUGAUUUUAUAAUCUUCUUGAUACCUUUGCUACAACAUUGGAGGAAUUGUGGAACAGGUAUACCUCAUGUGCUGAAUAUAACAUUAUUUAUACACAGAG